AUGUCGCUCAUCGCGAGCUCUACCGAGCCGCUCGUGCUGAUCGCAAGAUGUCCGUGGUUGCGACUGACCCCACGUUCGCAUCGAAGACUAUUCCAUGACUACUUCGUUACACACCUACCGAGCUCGAGUCUGCAUCCAGACUCACGCUCGUCCACCGGUCUGGCCCACAAGUUCCCCCGGAAAGAGUCAACCCCACACAAGCCCGAUGGAAGAAGUCCAGCUGCUCUCCGGCAUCCGACCGCGAGUCGAGACGUGACUACUGUCCGAAUUCCUCUUAAAAGUGCUAAACAUCACUACGGAGUGAGCGUCAGCCGUGGCAGCCGGCCAUACCAAGAGGACAACCAUCAAGCAGGCGUCAUAAAUCUUCCUGCGUUCGCGAAACGCCCUCCACGGUCUUUACGCCUGGACAAGAGCGGGGAAGGCACCAGUGCCGACGGCGAGAGCGGCGAUCCACAAGUCUUUUAUUUUGGCGUAUUUGACGGGCAUGGGGGCGCUGAGUGCAGUGGAUAUCUACGGGAGCAAUUACACCAAUAUAUUGAGCAGUCGGCAUUAGACUUUGGCUUGAAGUCGAGUUUGCAGAACGCCACUGGGCAUGUGGCUGGUCUUGAGGAUGCUGAGACAGUAAGACGGGGCGAAAAGGCAUUGCAAGCCAUCGACACCAGGAAUGGUUUCGAUGCUCCCACAGAAGAGAAGCCUCUGCCUCAAGAUGGGGAUAACGAUGCAAUUGCCACACUCGAGAAGAAUCUUGUCGACUCAUGGAAGGCUCUCGUCGGCGGCUAUUUCCGGCGUUUCAAGCCUCAGCAUUUCUCCAUCUUCAAGGACUCACCGCAGACCACCACUAUCGAAGAGGUGCUUAUGUACGCCUUCCUCAAGUGCGACUACGACUUCGUUUCUGCGCAGGCAGCCAAGCGCGGCGAGGAGAGAGACGUUGUCCGACAGGAACGACCCCUGAAUGAAGCCGACAUCCUCGGCGAGACCGGCAAGCGCCACGUGGAUCCAAGAGAGCGCUUCAAGGGCGGAAGUACUGCCAGUGUUGCUCUGAUCUCAACGCCAUCGCCGGUUCCGUUUUGGGCUCCGGCCACCAGCAGCACGCUCGUUGUGGCUCAUUGCGGCGACACGCGUAUUUUGCUUUGCGGAACGGCAAAUGGCUCCGCUGUGCCUUUGACGUCUGUUCACCAUCCGAGCUCACCGUUGGAGGCAGCUCGGCUUCGUCGUUUUGGAUCUUUCGUCACAGAUUCUUUCGGCGAAGAAAGAACGACAAGUGGACUCGCAAAUUCAAAAGCCUUUGGCGAUGCUGCCUCGAAAGCGAUAGGAGUCAGCGCCGAGCCUGAAAUCGUCCGCAUUGACUUGUCGUCCUCCGAGUACAGCUUUCUGCUCCUCUUCAGCGAUGGAAUUAGCGAGUCGGUGACUGAUCAGGAAUGUGUCGAUAUCGUAAAGGAGGCCAAAAGCCCGUCGGAGGGAGCUGCAAAGCUGGUCAGCUUCGCAACCGAAAUAUCUCAGAGCGGCGACAAUUGCACCUGCCUUUGUGUUAGACUCGGGGGCUGGGAGCGACGACAGGAGGGAGGCAUGGGAAGUCUCGGGACAAAAGAGUCGCGAGAGUUCAAGCGGGAGCAAGCUGCUGAUCCUCGCUCACGAAGGCGGUGA